AUGGCCCCGCGGCGGGUAGGGAGGAACCCGCUCCACCAGCCGGAGUCCGGCGGCAGCACCGCGGGGACGCAGCUCCGCACUCCGUCGCGCACGGGAGAAAUGGGGCGGCCAGAGUCAGCACCCCCCCCCCCCCCCCCCAACCAGCUGCCGCCGGGUGCUCAACGCCUUUGUAAGCCAGGAGAAGCCGGCAGCUCCGGCUCGCCCGCCCCAAGCGCCCGCCCCGGCGGGGAGUCGAUCCCUCCGUGCCUCCCGCCCCCACCGCCAGAACCCUCCCGGCGGCCCCAGCCCGGCCGCGCUCGGAGGCGGCGUUACUCACAGCACCCGCGGGGCGGAAAACUCACAGGUGGCCCGGCGCCGCCGGCGACCUCCGCGGCGGGAAGCCGGUCACUUCAGCACCGCGCGGGCAGCGAGAGAGCUGGGGCUGGGGCGCUGCGCUCCGCUCCCCGCCGCGGGGCCGCGCAGCUCCGGCCGCGGCCGUCGCCUUCCCUGCGCGGGGCCGACUCCCUCCCGCCCUUCCUCGCGCCGCCGGCCAAUGCGGGCCGCGGCGAGGAGCCGGCUUUAACCAUCUGUUGCGAGGCGCCUCCUCCAAGCGCUGCCGCCUCCCUCGCCGGGGGGCUCCCGCCCAAGCACCCCGCCGGGAAGGUGGGGAACGAGGAGGAAGCUUUACCCCCACCCGGGGAGCUGUUUGCCCUCUGUACCCCCAAGAGCUGGGGUUGUUCCCGCCCCCGCUUACCUCAGGAUCGCCGCCCCCUCAGGGCUGGCGCCCCUCGCCUCAGCGCUCUCCUCUCCGCACCCUCUGCCCUUCCCCUGCACAGCACCCGCGGCUCCCCCCCUCCCGCCGAGGGCCGAGGGAAGGGCAGCUCGGCUUGGGGUGCCCCGAAGAGCGCUGGGCACCGCCCCGGGCAGCCCCGCGUUAGGAGUGCCAGGUGGGAAGCGAGGCGGGAAAGGACGGGGAUGGGAACGGGGGAUCCGUCCGGGAACAGGGAGCGCAUGUGGGGUCUAAUCCUCCUCAGGCUGGCGGGGAUAAAGUCCUGGCCUGAUAAAACUUGCGUACUUCCCACUUAA